GUUAUGUUUUUUUCUUUCUUUCUUUUUUCCCCUGCUCCUUCGUGUAUACCCCUGUCUUUUUGUACCUGCGGCCUCCACGAGGGAAUUCAUUCGAGUCCCCUGUCCCAAAUACAUAAGUUUCAUUCCCCUACGUUCCUUUUCCAAUUCCCUCUUUUUUUCCCUCUCCUUAACCUCGUGUGCUUUUCCACAGUCACAGAUCGACCGUACAUUCUUUUCCAGGAGCAGUGCUCACUGUAUACAUUCAUUCUCGGUACAGCUGCUCCAUCACACUCAUUCUCAUCACCCACGGAAGAGAACAAGAACUUGGAACCGGACCCUACCAAUCAUUUUAGGAAGCCUGAUAAAAAGAAAAGAAACAUUGAACUUGAAUAAGACAAGACAACAACAAGACCCUUCUUUGUUAACGCAUCCUCGACAACGCUUUUGAAGAUAUCCCCUCUGGCUGGAUCCCUGAUUUUACUCGUACAUCGUCAACACUCGAUUCUGUCCCUUUUUAAAAGCACAUAGGUACAUUCAUACCCAAAACAAACCAUCCAGUUACCAUGAAGUCCGCAGCAGUAGCCGCCGCAAUCCUGGCCUCCGUUGCCGUCGCGCAACCCCACGGGCACCACCGUCACGCCCACGCCAAGCGUGAACUAGUCACAGAAUGGGAAACCGUGUGGGAGACCGCCACCGUCAUAAUCGACGAUGAAUCCACGCAGACCAUAGCCCCGUCCCACCAGGAGACGAGCUCCGGUUACCCAGGCCAAUUCUUCCAGACCCCUAGCGCGAGCCCAAGCUCCAGCUCCGCUCCCGCCCCAACACCCACCACCACCGUCAGCCUGUCCAAGGCGACCUCGUACUCGGUCUCAAUCCCAUCUGUACCAUCCGUACCCUCCGUCCCCAUUCCCGCACCCAGCUCAGAGGAAACCCCCACACAAGCACCCACCACCGCACAGCCCGCCCCCUCAUCAACGAGCACCUACGCCGCG